UGGCGACCGCUAACAGCAACUGUGGAACAGUGCAGUGCCCUUUUUUGGAGCAACGUACGUGGAUUAUGACCCCUCGACCCCAAUCUACGUGGCGGUCCGCAAUUCGCUACUUCAUACUGACUGGCGUCCGGCAUCGUCCCGAAUUUGGCCACAAUCUGCUCUCGGGACCCCUAUAGGGCUCUCUGACCUGCUCCAUCUCCGCCAUCGUCAAUGUACUGCGCAUCCACCCAGGCCAGGACUGCACUUACUUACGGGAAGGAGUAUUUGCGAGAUGGAACCUGGGAACUGGAAGACGACGAAGAGGAAGCGUGGGAAUCCGGCGGCAAUGGCUGGGAUGUAAGUCCAACAUUGCUGGUGCCAGAGUUGCCACUGCUUGCUUAUAAGGGAAUCAUGUGUGUUGCCUUUUUGCCUUUUCCGACGUCCUCCUCCGACUGUACUCCCGAUCCCAGGACUGAACUUACGGUAAGGAGUGCUUCCAAGAUGGGAGACGAAGAAGAAGAAGCCGCUGAAUCCGGCGGCAAUGGCUGGGAUGCUGCGUUCUCGAGAGGAAGCGUUAUUUCUGCAUUCCAAGAAGGACGGCACAAUGUGUCGGACUGUCCGCGUCGCAUUGAACUGGUCCGAUGAGGCUGCUAUUGCACACACAGUGAGGGAACUCCCAUACGGGAACUCGGAAGUACUGCUACAGUACAGGUAUAUCACCCCGUGACGACCACAUCGAAGUCUGAAAUUGAAGUGUGAAGAUGCUUCAGCAACCCCUUCAUAUUUUUCCAUUGCUUUUAUUGUGCUUCUACUGUGCAUGUGUGUAACCUGUGGGGUAUGCAUGUGAUGACAAUGUAUGCCGGUGACACGGUCAGAUUUUGUCCAUGCGUGUAACGUACACCUGCAUGCUAUCGUUGAAAAG